UAUAAUACUGUUACGAAUACGGGAAGAAGCAACAACUAUACUCUCAUUGAAAGACUGAGAGAGUAAAGAAAACCCUAAAACCCUAGAAAUUCAGAAUUCAGCUGAAGAAGAAGGAGGAACCAAUGGACUUCGACGAGUACGAAUACCUGGAGAAGACAGUGGAGGAAGACAUAGAUUCCUCCAAGAAGAAGAAGGACGUCACCGACAAGAGCGAGAGGAGUUACCGAAAGCCCCGCGACGUCGACGACGAUCUCGACGCCGAUGACAGAAAGAGCAAGAGGUCUAGGGUCGACGACGAGAACGGCGGUUCCAAGAGAGAUCGCGACAGAGACAGAGAGAGAGACCGUGACCGCGAACGUUCCUCUGGUCGUCACAGGAGCGAGAGGGAGAGAGACGGAGAGAGGAAAGACAGGGAUAAGGAUAGAGAGAGGAGGGAUAAGGAUAAGGAUAAGGAUAGGAGAGACCGUGAUAGGGACAGGGAUAGGGAUAGGGAUAGGGAAAAGGAGCGCGAGAGAAGAGAGAAGGAUAGGGAGCGAGAGAGGGAAAGAGCGGAGAGGGAGAGAUCCACAAGGAGCAGGAGUCGCUCCGAGAGGGACAGAGACAGGGAGCGAGAUUUUGAUAUGCGCGAUGGCCGGAGAUUUAGGGAUAAAAAAGAGGCUGCAGAACCUGAGGCAGACCCAGAAAGGGAUCAGAGAACUGUGUUUGCCUACCAGAUGCCGCUAAAAGCAACAGAGAGAGAUGUGUAUGAGUUCUUUUCAAAAGCUGGCAAGGUGAGAGAUGUCCGUCUGAUCAUGGAUAGGAACUCAAGACGAUCUAAAGGAGUUGGGUAUAUUGAAUUUUAUGAUGCGAUGUCAGUGCCAAUGGCUAUUGCUCUCUCUGGCCAACUUCUUCUUGGACAACCUGUAAUGGUGAAACCUUCUGAAGCUGAAAAGAACCUUGUUCAAUCUAAUGCUUCUGGUGGAGCAGCCGGUGUAACUGGCCCCUAUGGAGCUGUGGACCGAAAAUUGUAUGUGGGGAAUCUUCACUUCAACAUGACUGAGAGUCAGCUUCGGGAGAUUUUUGAGCCAUUUGGUCCGGUUGAGAUUGUGCAACUGCCUCUUGACUUGGAAACAGGACACUGCAAGGGUUUUGGGUUUGUUCAAUUUACUCAUCUAGAACAUGCCAAGGCUGCUCAGAGUUUAAAUGGAAAAUUAGAGAUUGCUGGCAGAACUAUCAAGGUUUCAUGUGUCACAGAUCAUGUUGCAAGCCAAGAUACAACCGCAAAAUCUGCAGACUUGGAUGACGAUGAAGGUGGAUUGACUUUAAAUGCUCACUCAAGAGCAUUGCUUAUGCAGAGGCUGGCUGGUGCUGACCCUGCAAGCCUAGGUUUGCCUGUUGUGAAUGGCUCAGUUCCUGCUCAGCAGACUAUUAGCUUGCCUAUUGGCGCACCAGUUCUACCAACGCAAGUUAUGCCUAAUCCAGCAGUAGAACCUGUAGGAAACCCCAGCGACUGUUUACUUUUAAAGAAUAUGUUCGACCCGAGCACUGAGACGGAACCUGAUUUUGAUAUAGACAUUAAAGAGGAUGUAGAGGAAGAGUGUUCUAAAUAUGGCCGGGUGAAGCAUAUUUUUGUUGACAAAAAAAGUUCAGGUUUUGUGUAUUUGCGGUUUGAUACAGUGGAAGCGGCAAGUGGUGCUCAACGUGCAAUGCACAUGAGAUGGUUUGCACGCAGGUUAAUUUCAGCUGUCUUCAUGCAACCAGAGUUGUAUGAAGCCAAGUUUAAAGGGGAAGUUUGAGGAAGUUCAUACAUGGCUCGAGGCUCCUGAAGAUACAAUAUGCAUAAUUUUUUGUGGUCUUAGUUUUCAUACAUUAAGUUCUAGUUUAUAGAUUGAUUCAUGAAUUGUAUUAGAUGUAUGAUUACAAAAAUGAUAAUGUCCUGAUAUUGGCGAUUUUUAUGAUCAGGUUACCGUUGCGCAUCCCAAUGCACAUUUUAACAAUCUUGCCAUGUCGUUUCAUCAUGUGUAAUGUAGAAUAUUUUCUAUUUUUGCCUUUA